ACUGGGACUUGGAAGUUGUCCCUCCUCCCUCAGCCCGACCAGCCCCGGCUGCUUCCUGCGGUAAUUCCUGAAACCUGAAUGUUGUUUCAGUCCUCGUUCUGCCCGCUGGAGCGACCUGCCCCAAACCUCGAGGCCACUCGAGGCAAAAUGUGAAUCGAGCGCUCCAUACAUGGGCAUGGGCUGACGUCACCGCCUCAGGAGGCUGUCGCUUUCGCACGCAUUCACCUUUCAUUGUUGCGAGGCGCAUUCUUCUCGUAUGUUGGACGGGGGAGUGUGUGAUGGGCGAAUCCACCCACACACACACACACACACACACUUUUUUACGAGCAGGGGAGGGAGAAUUGGACUCAGGGCUGCGAGCGCACUACUCACGGGAGUUUAACGCGGCGGGACCCGCUCCGGGACUUGCAGCUUGAAAGGUUAAAAUGCUUUUGAUGCUACAAGAAGCUUUUCAGACUCAAAGGCAUAAAAGGUUUGGAACAAAACAGGUGAAAAUCGUGCUGGCGCCAUUUUCAACACUUGAGAUAUAAAGCCAGAAGAGGCGACCGAUAAAUGCCCAGAGAAGGGGGGAAAGGCUUUUGGACAGAGAUAUAAGUUAUUUUGCAACCUAGCUAAUCCCUCCCCAGUCUGAACUUGGCCUUUAGAAGGGGGAGUAAUGACUGACAUGAUGAACCUCAAGGAGACGUCAACUCGUCAGCUGAGGCUUAAGCUGGCCAGUUUGGCACGGCGGGUGGAUGAACUGGAGGAAGCCACUCGAAGCCUCCAUCGGAUGGAGGAUGAGAUUAUGGACCUGCAGGACAAGGUAAUUCAGGGCGAGGGCAGCAACUCCAGCCUCCUGUCCGAGGUGGACGUCCUACGCAAGCGUGUCCUUGCCGUCGAGGGGAAGGACGAGGAGGUGCGGAAGGCCGAGGACAUGUGCAGGAACUUGAAGGAGAAGCUGGAGGCGGAGGUCAAGCUGAGCAAGGACCUCAAGGAGGAGAUUGAGAAGCUGCAGGACAGGAUGGCAGAGCUGGAGAAGCUGGAGGAGGCGUUUAACAGGAGCAAAUCGGACUGCACUCAGCUGGGCCUGAGCCUGAACGAGGAGAAAAACCUGACCAGGAAGCUGACGUCCGAGCUGGAGAUGCUCCGCGGCAGGGUAAAAGAGCUGGAGUCCUCGGAGAACCGACUCGACAAAACAGAAAAAUCCAUCAUCGAGGAACUGGAGAAGUUAAAGUCUCUAACCGUCAUCCUGGCCGAGGAGAGGAAAAGCAUGAGUGAGACGCUCCAAGAGAACGAGCAAGUUAUACAGGACCUGACAAUGAAAUUGGAAAUGAAUAACAGAUUAAACACGGUGGAUCACAGCAAGAACUCCUCGAACCUUCGGACGAACGUCAACGAGAAGACGUACGGUUAUUCAGGGGACCGAGGUGAUCUCAGGAUAGAGGAGAAAAUGACCUCUGGCCUCUCUUCCAAAGGAACCUUGGGGAAGGGAGGGUUGGACACUCUGACUAUAACACACAACGUAGAGCUCAGAAACAAAGAGACCCAGGGAGGCCAGGAGGACAACAAAGUUAAGGAUCUCACUCAAGAAAUAGAGAGGUUGAAGAAGCGCCUCACCUUCCUCGAGAUGGUGGAGGAGGACCUGAAGAAGACUGAGGCGAAGCACAACGAGCUGCAGGAAAAGUACCUCAACGAGCAGUCUCUGGCCAAACUGCUGGGCAGCCAGAUCGAGGAGCUGAAGCAGCAGAUGACGAGGGAGAAAGCCCUGAGGAACGGCGAGACCCCGCAGCAGGAGGCGCGCAUCAGGUCCCGGCAGGACAAACCAAAGUACAAGGGCCUCGCGGCAGAGCCGCAGGUCCCGAAAGAGAAACCUCAGGAGGUUUCAUCACAGCCAAGGUCCCAGAGGGAGAAACCCAGGAACCGAGACUUGUUGCUGGAGGACAGCAGCACGGUAAAGAGCUAUAGGCGCCCCCUCAGUCCCAGUACUGGUAGACGCUUUCAACGGUCAUCUUCAAACCCGAGGGUCACAGCUCCCAGUGAGAAGAAGACCGAGGAAAAGGUUUCUGCACUCUGCUCCGAACAGAAGGAUCAGGAGCUGCACUUGGAAAAAAGUAGGAAGAUGAGGGAGCCUCCGUCAGUGCUGAGUCGCUACCCUCCUGCGGCCAACGAGUCCGGUGUGAAGAGACCCUGGGGUGCUCAGAGUAAGCAGAGCAUCAAUGGACCCAAGGGCAAAUUGGAUAGAGAUGACGGGGAGCUGGAGCACUCUGCCCUCUCGGACAGACAGAGAAAGGCGCUGAACUAUUCCGGAGUUUCCGAGAGUGAGAAACCGGCGUGUCAGAAUGACGUCAAUGGCUCGGGUGAAGAGCUCUUAUCCACCAGUGCUCCCCCUGCCCUUCAGAAUGGAAUGAUGGCCUCGUACAGGAACCUUGCGGCCUCCCCGCCUUCCUACAACGAAGCCAAGAACUCCUUCGUGGUCGAGUUCGAGGUGCCCCUGGCUACCGACCACGAGCCCGCGCCGGUGGAGAAACCCCAGUCCGACCCGGGGGUGGCAUCAGGAGGCUCGCCCGCGACGGCAAGGCCCCGGCGGUCGAAGUACCUGCAUUCCUCGAGGUCCCAGGACCUGGGACUGGAGUACACAGCCGUGAAGUGCUGCCCGGAGGAGGACCCCCUCAGGUACAAGCGCGCCGAAGCGGCCGCGGCGGAAGACGCGGCCGCCAGCCAGAGGGCGGGCCCGGAGCUGAAGAGGGUGUGCAGCCCUCGCGAAGGCCUGCGGUCUAAAGCGAUCAUUAAGCCGGCCAUCAUCGCCAUCGACAAGAAGGAAGUGAUGACGGCUGGGGGGGAGCCGGGCGCCGGGGAGCAGCGGCUGUCCCCCAAAGCCGCGCCGAAUAAAGUAACCAGCAGCAUUGUGAUACUUCCGUCGGAGUUGUCGUCUCAGAGGGGGGCCGCGGCGCCGAAGGAGAGGCACACCUGCACUAGCAACAUCACCAUCGGCUCCAGUGAUGUGUCCGUCCAGAGGAGCAACAUCAGCAUCCCGUACGAGAUAUCCAUCUGCCGGAGCGACAUCGUGAUGAAGCCCACGGAGUCGGACAGCAGCGAGGAGGACGAGACGGAGUCCGUGUCCGGGAUCUCCGUCGGCAGCGGGGUCACGGCGAGGUCUUCCGAGGCGGCAGACAACGAUGGCGGCUGCAACAGCAACAGCGUCGCUUCCUACAGGUCGAGGAGGAGCCGGCUGGAGAUGAGGAACACCGACCCGGCGGAGAGGGGCGCCUGGAGGAGCAGCCGCGCGGAGCUCCUGAGCGAGCCCGCCAGGCUGGAGGGGGAGCUGGGCCUGGACUACUCCCGGCUGGCCGCCCGCAGGGCGAGUCGCCAGGGCGAGGCGGCCGAGCGUGGCGGCAAUGGGACCACGUCCGAGGGGCAGGCCGCGAGGCCGAGCAACGGCUCGCACGCUUCGGACACCGUGGAGUUCCGGAGGGGCGCCGCGAUGGAUCCCAGCCGGAGUUACGUCAGCGUGGCGGAAACGGUUACCCGAAGGAAGCAGAGUGCUUCAGUGGCGUCCAAAGUGGCCGACUGGAACAACAGCUGUUCUCAGUCAGUACAGGACAGCUCAGACCUCCUCUCCGCACUCAACUCCAGCGUGAUGUCCAAGAGGAAGGAAGUGGCAAAGCAGAUCCUGUCGGAUCUCGUCAUGGAGAGGGCACCGAGGACCGAGGCCGCAGGCAAGAGGCAAUCAGUGAAACUUGAACUGAGGAGGAAUGCCGAGAGCAGCCCUACCCAUCAGGGUGGGGCCAGGACAGAAGAGCGGACCGCUGUCGGUAUCCUCUCCCAGAUAAAGAUGACCUCGAGACGGUGAAGCUUCUGAUAUCGAUUUUCAAAAUCGCACUGCAGUUUUUUUUUGUGUCGAUAAGGCACUGCACAAGCUUCUGCAGUAUAGGGUUCAUUUUCAUCCUGUAUACUCUGUGAAUCAUAUUACACCUAUAUUUUUCUAGAGACGAUCGUGUUCAGAAGAAAUUCUAACAGCUGCUUGCAGUAGACAGGGAAAACAAUCGCAAUUAUUCAACUCAGGGGAAGGAGAGGUGCCCCCCCCCCCCCUUCCACUGGCACAGAAUGAGCCAAAGACAGAGACUGUGAUGAAUUCACCGUGCCUUUGUGCAGAAGGACACUUCAAUCUGUGCCAUUCAUUCUGGGAGAGGGGAAGAAUCAGGAAAUCCAGAUAGUUGCAAUAGAGGCAAGUUCAAAGCUAGUGCAGUCAUUAUUAGUUACUUCCCUAGGUGAAAGCUGUACAAAUCUGCAAAUCUUAUUUGAAAGUCUGAAGAAGCUCAGUAAGUAUAAAAUUUCCAGUGUAUAUCAGUGUUCUGGAUAAGCAGCCAGUGUGUGUAUAUAAUCGUUCUUUGUAUUUGGUGAAAGUUUUCUUUUAACAGAGGAAAAAAAAAGAUUUUAAAAAGAAAGUUUUUUUUAAAAAAAAAGAACCAGGAGUGACUCGGUAAAAGAGAAUAUGCAAGAGAACCCCAGUCGCCAGUUUGUUGCACGUAUGUCACGGGAGGAAGUUGGAAUGGCUUCUGGCAAGAAUCCUGAAGCUAUCAGGGAUUCAGGCACUCCACGUUGUUCGUAGCACCUGAAAUAAUUCUGUUCCUCUCAUUCCCGAGGAUAUUCUUGCUUCUGCUUUCAUGUGUCGUUCUUACAGUGAGCUAAUUGAAUACAGAGCCUCGCUGCUUUGCAUCUGAAGGUAACCAUUUGUCAUCUAACUUUCUCCUUCCUGGUCGUUCCUUAGUCCAGCUGCAUCAAACUCAGUGCUCUUUCCCAGUAUUGUACAUUGUUACGUAUGCCCCGCUCCUGUGCAGGAGAUGGGAAAGGUAGGGCGUCACUUAGUAAGGCUUAACCUCGCUUAAACCGUGUCCAGCACUGAACAGCCUGAAAUCGCAGUGCGAUUUGCUGAGGAAAGAGAAGCUGUGAAUAUCAGGGGGUACAGAUAAAGCACCAAGUGGCAAGUACUUCAGGCGUCUGUUAAAUCCACUGUAGCACUUGUGUAACACAUGCAAGAUGCUGGAGGAACUCAGCAGGUCAGGCAGAACCCUCCCUACUGCUGCACGGGCUACCAACAACAGCUCUCCAGAGUCCUCUGUGCCGGCCAGUCUCUCACGCUGUCACCGGGUGUAGCCCACCUUCCUGGGGUUAUUUUUUUCUCUUCCUCUCCCAGGGAUGAGGUCUUUGGAGCUGCGGCUGAUGUUUCUGUGGCUCUGGGUUUUUCUGGGAUGGGGGUAGCUGGUCCCAUGCCCAACCCUCCUUUUGUAGCCAGGCUUGGAACCAUCCGUGGUGGAGUUUGGACGAGAGGUUUCAGCCCAAAAUGUUGGAUGUUUAUUCCCCUCCCCUUCUGAGUUGCCCUGGAUUUCCAGCAUCUGCAGAGCCUCGUGUUUAUGAUUCAUAGCACUUGUGUCUUCUUCUGUCAUUAUUCCGUUAAUUCCCCAUUUUCUCCUAAUUCCCUUUGAUUGUGACACACCUGAUUGUCAUCUAGACCUGCAGCAUAAAUAUCCCGGCUUUGCAUCCACUCAUCGCCAGAUCGUUGUAUCAGCCAGUGUGGUCAUUCAAGUUCCCGGCCGCUUAGGAUUGUGUUUUCUAAGUUUUAUGUCAGUACCGGGGUUUGCCUGUGUAACUCUGUCUCUCCAUGUCAAAAUAAGUAUUGCCUACCAUUUGUCUUUCCAUUUGCCAUUCCGUACCAAGAUAAGUGUUGCCUGCCGCCUGUCUCCCGUUUGCUGUUCAGCUCUCACCACACUCACACCCUCGUCUGCAUCCUAUCUCUAUCUCGGUGCCUGUUCCUCCUCCGGCUGGGAGGAGGCAUGGUCUAGACAAGGACCGGCACUGGAUAAGCAUUCUGCUUUCAGCUCCCUCUUGAUAAAGCACACCAAAACAAGAGGCUGGUGUAAACGUGGCAUCCGUUUAACCCCAGCAACCUGAGUUUCUCACUUCAGUGUUCAAGCAGCGAGGCAAAAAGGUGUACUUCCAAGUAAUUAUGCUUCUCCCCCCCCCCCCACCCCCCCAGGAUAAGGCUUUAGUCCACCACUUUAUGCAACUCAUCCAAAAUCCGUACCCCGGGUUUGGAUUUGAACCGGGGGAGCGAGUUGGUCACGGUGGCUGCAGAACCAGGCUGUUCGAAGUAGGCUAGACUUCCCUUAGCACAGGGGUCCCCAACCUGGGGUCUGUAGACAUCUGGAUUCUCGCCCUCCCUCUCGAGAAUAACCUGCACCCGAUCUGAGAUGUCCUGGACCCCAGCACCAGGGAAGCAACAUACCAUCCGAGACUCCCGAUCUUCCCCACAAAAUCUCCUAUCCACUCCCCUGACUAUAAAAUCCCCUAUCACUACCGCUCUCUUCUCUUUCCUCCUCCCCUUCCUAGUCGAGGGUCCAACCUCAGUGCCAGAGACAGGACCACUGCAACUUGUUCCUGGUAGGACAUCCCCACCAACAGUAUCCAAAACGGUAUACUUAUUAAGGAGAUUGAGAGGGGAUCUGAUUGAAACAUUUAAGAUUAUUAAGGGAUUGGACAAGAUAGAGGCAGGAAAUAUGUUCCAGAUGCUGGGAGAGUCCAGUACCAGAGGGCAUGGUUUGAGAAUAAGGGGUAGGUCAUUUAGGACAGAGUUAAGGAAAAACUUCUUCUCCCAGAGAGUUGUGGAGGUCUGGAAUGCACUGCCUCGGAAGGCAGUGGAGGCCAAUUCUCUGGGUGCUUUCAAGAAGGAGCUAGAUAGGUAUCUUGUGGAUAGGGGAAUCAAGGGAUAUGGGGGCAAGGCAGGAACCGGGUAUUGAUGAUCAGCCAUGAUCUCAAAAUGGUGGUGCAGGCUCGAAGGGCCGAAUGGUCUACUUCUGCAACUAUUGUCUAUUGUCUAUUGUUCCUGAAUACCCUCCUUCAGCUAACGCAAAGAUUUGCCAGUAUUCCCACUACUGAUGCCAGAUUCGUACCUAAUAUCUACAGAAUAGUACACAAAUUAAGUCAAUGAGAACGACAGCACAUGAACAGACCCUUCGACCUAUCUGGCACUGGAGUCCCACUGACUCGCACCUGGGCCGGAGUCCGCCAUACCCCCCCCCACCCACAUACAUAAACGACGCAAUUGAAGCUGCAUCCGCCACUUCUGUUCACUUGCGCCAUCGAUGAGCGCAGAGGUUCCCCUUAAGUCACCUUUCGCCCGUAACCCGAGGCCUCUAGUUGUAGUCCCUUCCAUCCUCAGUGGCACAGUGGUGUGGUGGUCAGCGGUACCGGUGACACGGGUUCAAUUCCCGCUGCGGCCUCUGUGGAGUUUGUGCGAUCUCCCCGUGACUGCGUGGGUUUCCCCCCACAAUACAAACCCUUACCAGUUGGUAGGUUAAUCGGUCAUUGUAAAUUGUUCUGUGAUUAGGCUAGGGUUAAAUUGAGGGCAGCUGGGAGGUGCGGCUCAAAGGGCUUAUUCUGCACUGUAUCGCAUUAAAUAUUAUAAAACACACAGGGAGUUCUGCAGAUGCUGGAAAUCUUGAGCAACACACACACACAUACAAAAUGCAGGAGGAACUUGGUCAGCCGUUCAGACGACACAUGCUUCUUGUCCCUUAGCUCCCAGUGGAGCAGAGUGAUGACCUCCCAUCUUCAUCAUCCAAAGUCAAUGGCAUAGCUGGAAUCCAAAGCUUCUACAAUCCACUGGUUCACCAGAGCCCUGCUGGGUGGCCUUGCCCGUUCCCACCUCUCACGACGGGGUCAUAGGGUGGGGAACAGAUGGUCGAUGUCUCUGGACCGAGACCCUUCAUCUGAUCUGGAAAGUAAUGGUGCAGAAGUCAGAAUGAGCAGGUGGUGAUGGGAGUACAAGCUGUUGGGUGAUUGGUGAAACCAGGUGAGGGAAGGGCAGUGGGUGGGAGUGGCAGAGUUGAAGUAAGCAGCUGGGACCCGAUGGGUGGUAAAGGUGAAGGGCUAGGUGUCCGUCCUUCAGCCUCUCGUAAAUCAGCCAUCUUAAUCACUCAUACACAGCUCUUUAUCCCAGCUCACUCCCCCCUCCACCUUCGAAUCAUCCCUUGCAAUAUUAUCCUUCUGAUUCUGCUAACAUGAAAUUACAGCUAUGCUCCAGUGUCAUUUUAGAGGAAGAGGGUCAAAUCUGUAAGUAUAUCCUGCAAUAACAGACAUGGUAGCUGCCUUGAGCAAUGGUUCCAACCCAUUCUCUGCUGAGUUAAUGAGUUGGAUCCACUAGAUAGGUCUGUUUAACACAAUAAUGCUGAUUAUGAUUAAAACCCCAGAUAAAAAAAAUCAUGGGAAAUAGAAAAUUGAAAACUACAGCACAGAAACAGGCCCUUCGGCCCAUCUCAUCCAUGCCAAACCAUCUAAACAGCCAACACCCAUUGACCUGUACCCAGACAGUCCCCCUCCCCCGCCAUCUACGUACCUAUCCAAACUUCCUUGAACAUUGAAAUCGCAUCCACCACCUGCACUGCAUUUCCAGCCUCUGAGUGAAGCCUUCCCUCAGGUUCCCUUUCAACGCCUCACUUUCCAUCCUUACGCCACCAAGUGCCUGGCAGAUUUUGCACAUUAAGAACAGCCGACGUUUUCCUCAUGGUAGUUUUUAUCGUCGGGGGGGGGGGGGGGCGUGAGUAAGUGUACAACGUCCUGUGCGCUGCAGCUCACCUAUAGUCCCGAGGGGGAGGAGCUCAGCCAGUCAGGCAACACCUAUAGAGAGAAAUAAACAGUCGAUGUUUUAGCCCCAGAGCCUACCUAUCUGCUGCCCGUUACGCUGCUGGCGUUUAGCGUUGUGAUGAAGGUCCUCCAUCUCUGGCUUCCUUUACCAUGUCAGUAGCUCGGUUUUCACUACUGUCAGUCAUGCAAGUCCUGGGUGGAGACUCAGGAAUGCCAUCGCACUCAGGUGUAGAAGGAUUCUCCAUUGCUGUUUCCGUAACAAUUUUGUUUGACCAGUCCGGGUUGUUAGCCUGAACUGAACCCCCCAAACCUGGAGGACCGGUGGAUCACUCUUAGUCUGACCUCUACCCUUUGACCUGUUUGGCAUGGGUGACCCUACCAAGAGCCAAUGCACAAGGCCCUAACUCCAGCCAGCAUAGCUCUCCGGUUUAUUGAGGCCCGCAAGCCUCCAAACCCCACGACAAGUUUGUCCUCCACUUGGAGGGCAGCCGCUAACAGUCACUAUUUAUUUCCCGCCACAGAUGCUGCCUGACCUGGAGAAUCCUUCCACGAUCUUAUGUGCAUCACCAAGAAUCUUCCACACUUUCAACUUUCACCACAGAGAAAUGCCAAAGCCUCAGGGUUUAGAAAGGGCAGACCACUGUGUUAAUUCAACAGGAAACAGCGUAGGCUGAGAUAUUGACAGUACCUCUCAAACAUCACCUCUUCGCUGACGAUUGGAAGCUAGAAAGUGCCCCAGAACACUGGGGGGGGGGGGGGGGGCAGAGGUUAAAACUUAAUCCAGAAGGUCUGAGUCAAAUCAGUACUUCAUGCCCUUCAUUAUCUGUGCCUUACAAGACUACUCACAUCAAUCGAAAAGUACAUCCACGUCCUUCAAUUGGGAACCUGUCAAAUUACACGUGUGCCAAGCGAGAAAUGUUUUUUUCUUCAGGCAGUCGGGUUGACUUGCGAACAUGGCCUUGUUGAAAGCUACAAGUGUGAUACUACUGGCGGAGCCUAUCAAUUUGCCAAGCUCAAUAUACCCCUUUACAUUUUGAAUACGAACUUGCUUGUCCCAUUAGAUCGUAGCUUUGGAAAGAGACCCGCCCUCUUGAGAGCCUUUUGCCUUCCUGAUUUUGCUCUGAUAGGAAUUGAGGCUUUUUAGUGGUGUCUUUGCAGGGUAACUGGAAGUGGAUGGGAAGUACCAGCAAUGAGUCACACAGCUCUCCUAUACAAAUGAGGAGAAACCUCCCAGAGAGUUGUGGGGGUCUGGAAUGCACUGCCUCGGAAGGCAGUGGAGGCCAAUUCUCUGGAUGCUUUCAAGAAGGAGCUAGAUAGGUAUCUUAUGGAUAGGGGAAUCAAGGGAUAUGGGGACACGGCAGGAACCGGGUAUUGAUAGUAGAUGAUCAGCCAUGAUCUCAAAAUGGCGGUGCAGGCUCAAAGGGCCGAAUCUUCUACUUCCGCACCUAUUGUCUAUAAACUUGUCUUUGCUGAGAGGCAUGAGUGUGACAGCUCUUUGUUGCGCUCUCCAACCAGUAUCCAACUCCAUUACAGUCAACUGAACAUCAGGAGUGGAUUGCAAUUACUGGCUGACACUCUUGCUCCUGCUGAGCAAAUUUUGAACUUCUCCCUUAAGUCAUUUGCUUUUCAAUCAAUCCACGCGCUUGGGCCCUCUCUCCAGUUCAACCCGCUCUUGAGCUUCUGCCCUUUGCCUCUUUGCGAAAGCUUCAAGAUCCCUCAAGCAUUCUACCCGGUGGCCAAACAUUUCAAUUCCCAUUCCGAUGUGUCGAUCCAUGCCUUCCUCUUGCGUUAAGAUGAGGCCACCCUCAGGGUGGAGGAGUAAGACCUCAUAGUCCGUCUGGGUACCCUCCAACCUGACGGCAUGGGUAUCGAUUUUUCCUCCUGGUGAAUAAACCCCCCUCCCCUUCCUCUAUUUCCCACCCUGAUCUUUUACCUCUUUCCGCCUGCCUAUUACUGCUCCUCCUCCCUUUCUCCUAUGGUCCACUCUCCUCUCCUACCAGAUUCUUCCUUCUCCCGCCCUUGAUCUUUCCCACUCACCUGUCUUCACCUUUCACCUUCCAGCUAUCCUCCUUCCCCUCCUCCACCUUUUUAUUUAUUCCGGCAUCUUCCCCCCUUCCUUCUCAGCCCAGUAUGUCGACUGUCUACUCUUUACCGUAGAUGCUACCUGGCCUGCGGAGCUCCCCCAGCGUUUGGUAUGCCCUGUCCAUAGCGUAGUCCACUCCUCCAGACCUCAGUGACUCGAGUCCCUCAGCAGACGAUCCUAGCUUCCCUCCUCGACUUAGAAUCGAUGUCACUGGUGGCCUCGGUUUAUCUGAGUUAAGCUACGUUGAAUGGAAUUCUCCAAUGAGAUCCACCCAAUGCCUUUGCAGUAAAAAGGGCCAAAGAAUCCGUGCUGGAGAUGACUUAGGAGGCGUGCAGUAUCCUCAGGGUUGGGGUUCGGGCCACACAGUGCCGCACUGAUGCAGUACCCCGCUGGAGUGACAACUCGGAGCAGAGUCUAAAGACUUUUGUGGAAGGUGCGAUUCAGUGUCAAUAGUUCGGGUGCGUUUCUCGCACUUCAGGCGCCCCCCCACCCCACCCCUCCCCGCAGUGCUGCCAAGGUUCGCUCCUGUAGAAUAAAACUUGCACAACGCUCGUUCCUGUGAGCCACAUUUACAGAGUCAUUAUAAAAUGUACCAUUAUAUAUCAAAACAAUAUUUUAAGAGGAAAUUACGAUAGCAUUACAGCCUUAAUUCACGUAGGCCUGAUAUUACACCGCUCCCUCUUCUUGCUUGCCUCCGCCAUCCAUUUUAGUUAACGAAUUAAUAGGUCUUGUUAAACGGAUUUAUCCGCUCCGCGGCAGACGCGGUGUAAUCCCGGAGCAAACUAGGACUGGUACUUCAACGGCGUUCACCCUCAGCAAAGCUUCAGCCUGUUAAUUGCCUAGACGCACAUAGCCACCGAUUGGCUUGAUGUAAAGGAUUUUUUUUAAGCAGCAGUUUUAAUAGAUUUUUUAAAAAAUGCAAGUGUAACAAAAAGAUAUGUAACAAAGUAGUUUCAAGAACAUUAUUUAUUUGGUAAAAUGCAAAUUCUAAGGUAUUUUAAACAGCUUGCAAUAUCAAAACUGCACCGGUCUAUUCUGCAACACUGCAAGAGCUUCAGUCAGAAGGUAGAAAGCCGCUUAUCGGUUGUGUUCAACGCAUGUUUAUCUGAUUUUCCCCUUCUGUGGAGAUUUCUGCAUGUAUUGCUCCUAAAUUUAAACUGUCCGCUAAACAAUUAAAAUAUAUAUAUUAA